GGGACGUCACUGAGCAUCACUUCGUUAAGGAGCAGCACGAGGACAGACGCAAGCUUCACCUGAGGACAGCAGGCAGCGCGUGCAGACUCAUUAUAUUCCCGGAGGAGGAAGAGGAGGAUCAUUUCAGACAUCAUGCUGGCAGUCACCGAAAUGGUGACCCAGACGACCAAUCGAAGUGACCUGAACUGCACGCUGCCGCAUGAUGAGGGCCGCCUACCGCUGGUGCUGCUGUACAGCGCCGUGCUGCUGGUCGGUCUGCCCGCCAACCUGUUGACAGUCCUCCUCACGGGGUUGCAGGUGCGCAGGAAGAAUGUGCUGGGCGUGUACCUGUGCAGCCUGUCGGUCUGUGACCUUACCUACCUGGGGACGCUGCCGCUGUGGGCGAUCUACGUGAACAGCGGUCACAGGUGGCCAUGGUCGUCAGCGUUCUGCAAGCUGACGGGCUACAUCUUCUUCAACAACAUGUACAUCAGCAUCUUCCUGCUUUGCUGUGUCUCCUUCGACCGCUGUGUCGCCGUUGUCUACAGCCUGGAGUCCCGUGGCCUGCGACGGCAACGCCACGCCGCCUUUGUCGUUCUCGCUAUCAUUCUGGUGGUGGCCAUCGGACACGCCCCUGUCUUCACCAUGAAGGAGGGCGCCACAGAGGGUUCGCAUCACUGCUUCGAGCCGAGUCAGAGCAGCGCGAUGGUGACAGGGUUUUACUACGCUCGCUUCGUCAUCGGCUUCCUGCUCCCGCUGCUGUUGCUGGUGGUCACCAACUGCGGCAUCCUGGCUAAUGUGCAGCGCAGCACAGGGCUGCAGUCGGCACAAAAACGCCGUGUCCGGCAGUUGGCCGUGGGUGUGGUGGUUCUGUUCCUGGUGUGCUUUGCCCCAUACCACAUCAUCCUACUGGUCCGAGGCAUCAUCUUCCACUUCCCGUGGCUUGACAACUGCUCGUUUCAGAAGGCCAUGUACACACCCUACACCAUAUCGCUGGGCCUGUCCACCAUCAACAGCGCUGUCAACCCAAUCCUGUACGUCUUGUCAAGCAACAACAUUCGAAAGGAUCUACGGCGAGGACUUGCACAGGUCUGUGGCAGAGUGCUGGUGAGAACUCCGUCCAACACCAGCCAAAACAAAAUCCAGCCGAUCAACAACUCUUUAGAGCUCAACACGGGCAGUGAGAGGCUGGCAGCAGGAAAACCACCCGGGACCUGAGGUAGCGGUUCCCCAACACUGCAGUGUCCUGAGGUGACCGCAGAGGACCAGGACCAAGAACCGGGGGACUUUGAGUGCUACGCAUGCACAGAAAAACAAAAACAGAAAUGUUUGGAACAAGAACUUUAGAGACAGAAGCUAGAGUAAAGAAGGUGACACAAACACGAGGACUUGAAUAAGGCCUGAGAGACGUUGAUCUGUGAUGUUGCAGUGCUCUGUGUGCACUGCUGUGUUGCACACUGUCAGCCUCCCUGCUGCCACGUGUUAGACUGAAACAGCAGCAUCGUACCUGAUGGCCGAACACCUAGUGCGUGGCCACUCCCGCAGACACAGAAACAUGUAACUGCAUCUCAAACAUUCACACCUGCAGGGUGUGAAUGUUUUUACUGUAGCACUUCAACCGGACAGACAGGUGACCUCACAUUAUUGUUUUCUCUGAACCGUAGCUACAUCACACACCUGGUCUCACAGUU